AUGGGGAAAAUUGUUGUGCAUGGACGUGUCAAAGUUCGAACCACUGCCGAGCAGGAGGAAAUCAAAAAAGUCGAGAGAGCGAAGAAGGUUGCAGAGUACAAAGCUGGGAUGAAUUUAGUUUUUCAGAAGAGAAGAGAUAAGAUUUAUGAUGACGAGCUUCUUCUAGUCACUGAACGUAUUGUUGUUAAGAAUCCUGAUAUUUAUACAUUAUGGAAUAUCAGGAGAGAGGCUUUCAACGCAAACGAUUGGAGCAACGAAGAACGUGAGAUACGCAUGAAAAAAGAUUUAUCUCUGACUGAAUGUUGUCUCAGAGAAAAUCCUAAGUCUUAUUAUGUUUGGCAUCAUAGAUGCUGGGUCAUUGAGCGCUUAUCUGAACCUGAUUGGGAAACUGAAUUGGCUCUUUGUGCUAAGUGUCUGAAUUAUGAUGAGAGAAAUUUUCAUUGCUGGGAAUAUAGAUUAUUUGUUGUACAAAAAGCUGGAAUAUCCGAUGAGGAAGAGUUUAAUUUUUCCACAACAAAGAUACUAAAUAAUUUUUCCAAUUAUUCCUCUUGGCAUUAUAGAAGUAAAGUACUCUCUAAGAUGUUUCCUGAUAACACUGGUGCACUGCCUAUUCGAUCAGAUAAACAUAAAGAAGAACUUGACCUCGUUAUGAAUGCAACAUUUACGGAUCCUAAUGACUCAAGUGCAUGGUUUUACCAAAGAUGGCUUUUGGAUAGUCACAAAAGUAUAAAUAAUCCAAUUUGGAGGGCCCAAUUAACAAGUACUGCAGCAACAGUGGUAUUUCACAAAGAUGUUGCAAUCAAUUCCUUAAAUCUAAACAUACUUGUUGAUGGUACCAAUAUUCCCUUAAACUGGGAGUCGCACGAUAAUGCAAAGUUUGCAAAAGUCUGGAGCACCCCUCCGAACGAAAUCUUUAUAAACUUAAACGACGACAUGGAUGGAGAAACGUUCACAUGUAAGAUAAACAUCGAGUCUCAAGAGAAGCACAAUCUAAAUCAACUACAGGAACAACUAGAAAGCUAUCAGCAAUUGAUACAGAUGGAACCGCAUAAUAAAUGGGCCUUACUAACAGGAAUUUUCCUAAUGAGAAACAUCAAUGACUCUAAAUACCACAAAAAUAUUCUAGAAAAUUUCACUGCCUUAAAAACCAUUGAUAAACUCCGUUCAAAUUACUAUGAAGAUUUGCGCAGCAAAUAUCUCAUUGAUUAUGUCUUACACAAUACUUGGUUACAAGAGGAUAAAACGAAUGAGGUUACAUCUUUAGACAUGUCUAAUUAUAAUUUAACGCUUUUGUGUAAUGAACAUUACCUCAGUUUCUACAGUGAAGUCAAUUUAUGCGGAAAUAAUUUGGGAAACUCCCUGCAUCGUCUACACUCAUUACAAAGAUGCAAAAAGCUGUCAUUGUCCUGUAACGGAAUAAAAUCCCUCGAGCAAUUUCCAACCCUAUUUAGUUUAAAGGUCUUGUUAUUAAGGUAUAACGAAUUGUCCAGUGUCGAUGAGAUUCUUGAAUUAGUGAAGCGUCACCGCUUAAUCACCCUGGAUAUUCGUGAGAAUCUUGUAUGUAUGGUGAAUGGUAUUGUGCAGGCUAUUUCUGAAGUAUCUCCUGACACUACAGUAUUAACUGAUUGA